UCAACGCUUACGUUGCUUUGUUGUCGUACGUGUCCUAACAGCGGAACUGAACACUCGAGAGGGAGGCAAUCUGCUAGAAACCAACACAACAAGAUGGAGGUGGAGCAGCUCCUGUCUCUGUCAGGCCCAGCUCUGGCCCAGGCUGUCAGCUCUCUGCUGGAGACCCCAGGCCUCUACGUCUUCUCUGACAUCCUGGAGCUGCCUAAUGUCAGAGAGAUGGAGAAUGGCCCUCAUGCACCAAUGUACCAGCUCCUCAACCUCUUUGCCUAUGGAACCUACUGCGACUACAAAGAGAGAGCUGCCUCUCUUCCCGAGUUGACCCCCGCUCAGAGAAAUAAACUCCGCCAUCUGUCAAUCAUCAGCCUGGCAUCCAACCUCAAGUGCCUGCCGUACUCACUGCUUCUGCAGCAGCUCGAGCUGAAGAAUGUGAGGGAGCUGGAGGACCUGCUGAUAGACGCCGUUUACUGUGAUAUCAUCCAGGGCAAACUGGACCAGAGGAACCAGCAGGUGGAGGUAGACUGCAGCGUGGGUCGUGACCUCGGCCCCAACGAGCUGCCAAACAUAGUCAACACGCUGCAGGAGUGGUGCACAGGUUGUGAGGCAGUGCUGUGUGGUAUUGAAGAGCAGGUCUCGAGGGCAAACCAAUACAGAGAGAGCCAGUUAAAGGUCAAAGUCCAAGUGGAAACAGAGGUCUCAAACCUACAGAAAACAUUAAAGGCCAGCGCUGCCUCUCCGUCGUCAGGCCCCGCCCCUGCUGGAGCCGCCUCCAAUCAGGAUGCAGAUCAGCCUGCAGAGCCACGAGACCCCGCCUCCUCCCAGGAACCACGACAACCAGGCAAAAAAAGUUCAAAGGUGAAAGGGCUGCGUGGCAGUGGGAAGAUCUGGUCCAAGUCCAACUGAAAACAAGAGACUGAAAUGUGGAGACGAGGCACUGAUGGACACUGUCACUGAUUAACGGACACAUGGACAUGAUGGACAAACGGAUGUUCAUGGACACCCUUGUUACACACAAUAUUCACAAUAAAACCAGGAAGCUUCGUGGGAAGUUUUCUUGUCACCAAAUCUCCCCUCGACGGAUUCAGAAACACACCGGCUGAUGGAAAAUGACAGCUGUGCCAUUCACUCUUGUAGUUGUUAAUAGCGGACUGUCAGCGUAUACAAACACACACACACACACACACACACAUACGUCACUUGUAAUACAGUAUAUGAAGACGGAACAGUCUGCAGCAGGAGUCGGUUGCCUUUGACCAGAAGCAGGAUCAGUGUUUUUGAUGUGUAUGUGUGUAUCAUUAUUGGUUUAAGAACUUUGUUUUUUUCCUUUUAGAUUGAUUCUAUGUUGCUUUGUAUUUUUUCCUCUCUGCUGAGUUGAGACAUGUAUAAAAUCAGAAUAUAAAUUGUCGGGAAAUAAAACGAAGCCCUGUACGUACUUA